AUGCUGGAUUUCAUGGACUACGUCCAGCUCGCCUUUGCCGAGGCGACUAAUUGGAAUCAGGACAAUUCCUACUCGGCCCUCACAACUACCGCGCAGUCGAUUCUGGAAUUCGAGACUCCUGAAAGACUGCGCGUUCGUCUCUCAUCACUUUCAACGCCCCAUUUUGCAACCAGCUAUACCCUUGGAACGGUGGGAUUGCUCGAUGGAUCCAUCUCAUACCUCUUCAGCACCGUUCCCUUGCAUAACACCCCCAGCCGAAGCGCAUUGAUCCCACUUCGAAAGAUCUCUCCGGGCUAUCGACAAGUACAAGCUCCCGAGGCUCCAGUACUCACAUGGGGAUGGGACUCUCUUCUUGAUGGCGUUAGGAUUCCCGGCCUUAAUGGCGGGUUGCGCUCCGCGACUGCCGCACUCAAGAAUGGCAACCAAUCACCAGAAGACGAGGCGCAACGAAAGGCAACACUUUUGCAUGCCUCGCUACAUCUGCCAUCGCCUACAACAUUAUAUGCGCUAUUCCUACGCCGGAUGUCUCCAACAACGCAGCUGUCGCUCGCGGUUUGUUCCACCCAGGGACCGCCAAUGUCGAAGUCCGCGCCCCAGGCAUCCAUGCUAGCCCAACUAUCCCAUGACACUGGCAAGUACUGCAACGAGUACCUUUUCAGUACGGAUAACGCGCUCCUUGGUUGGCGUGGUCUCUGGAACUUUGGCGCCGAUCCUCGAUAUACUCCCGACGGUGCACCUCCUCGUCUCUCCCUUCUGUCUGCUGGCGCAGAGGCGUAUUACUCCCCAGUCUCCUCAAUAAUUGGCAUGUCAACUGGCCUGCGAUUCAGCACACUACCAGCCGCGACUGAAGUGCCAUCUUCAUCCUCCUCGUCUUCAGCGAGCCACCCCAUCUCUACCUUCCCGUAUACGUUGACCGUUACUCUCACCCCAAUCACCGGCUCUCUAUCCACAACGUACUCCCUCCGAGCCUCGCCCAAUCUCUCCUUCAGUUCCCGCUUCGGCUUCAACGUAUACAGCUGGGAAAGCGAGAUGGUUGCCGGAUGUGAACUCUGGCGGCGAGCUGCAAAAUCCACAUCCCCUGCCGACGACGGACUCGAAUGGGCCCGCCGUAAAAUGCGCCUGCAUGACUUUUCCGCUCCUCUCCCGGGCUCCCCGCCAACAUCUCCACUACUCUCCGACCCGGUUCAACCCGAGCCGGCUAUCACCAAGUCAGAUGAGAGCAUUGAGGGUGAGGCGAGUGACUCGGUCAUUAAGCUUCGCAUUGACCAGUCCUGGAAUGUGCGAUUGCUCUGGGAGGGUCGAGUGAAGGAGUUGUUGGUGAGUGCGGGUGUCGGGCUGGGCCCGGGGUCAUUCUCGCUGGCGCCGAAUGUUUCCUCCGUGGCGGGGAGUGGGUCGGCGCAGAGUGGAGGCGGUGGUCCUAGCACGUCGUACUGGCGCGGGGUGGGAGUGUCGGUGAUGUAUUCAUCAUGA